UAUUUACUAAAAAUACAAGCAAAGGUCGAAUUACAAAUUAUAUUACAUCAGAUUGUAUAUCUAAAAUAGAACAAAAAUUACUUGAAUUAGAAUUUGCUCGAUCAGUAUUUCAAUGUAGUUUAGUUUUAUUUUUACCUGAAAUGGAACCCAUUAAAAAAUUGUGGAAACAAGCACAGCCUGCAUUAGAUUACCUAGUCAUAAAAAACUUUCAACAAAUUUGUUAG